GUAGAAUCCAUCUAAUCCAAGCCAACCUAAGCGGGAGAAAAGAAGCUAACCAACAAACGAACCGAGACGGAGAUUCCAAAUAGUUUGGAAAUUAAAAUUCCAAAUUUUGUUUUCAAUUGCCGCGAAUAGUGAAUAUUGAGAAAAGUAUCAAUAAAAGUUCAAUGGAGCCAACAACUUCAAACCGAACAUUCGCGGCAGGCAGCCGUCAAGCGCCAGACCCGUACGACCAGUUUCUGGAACGUGAAGGAUUCUACCGGAAACAUACAGCUCGUGACUCCACUUGCCUGUUUCGGGUGGUCUCGGAGCAGGUUUUCGAUGUGCAGUUGUACCAUGACAAGGUCAGAGCUGAUUGUGUGCAAUUCAUGAGGAAAAGACGCGAUCUAUACGAAAAGAAAAUUAACGGAAAUUACGAUGAAUACCUGGACGAAAUGAGUAAGUUCAGGUCAUAUGGAUCUUUCGUCGAGCUGAAUGCAUUGGCGCAUGCUUAUCGACGUAAUGUGUUACUUUUCGAACCUUACAAUUGUGGUACCUGGUUCGUCAAUUGUGACUCCUAUGAAGACACGUUGAUGGUAUUCUUUUCACCGGAAAAGCAUUUUGAUUCGAUUUUCCCUACGACCUUUAUCGAGCAAGCAGCUUAUUGCCAAGCAUUGGUGUACGAAGUGCUCUAUGUUCGAGUAUUCAAGCUUCCAGAUGUUAUGUACUCCGUUGAACGCAUGUUACACGAUCCGAAUGGUAAGGCCAUGAAAAUCAUCGAAGGCACAGACAAAAAUGGAGAUGUGAUUGAAGAAAAAAUUUUUACCUACGAAGGAAGAGAAUUUAUUCUUGAUACUCCUGAGACCACAGAAUGUGUUUUGGACAACUAUCGGUUAUGCCACUUCCACAACAGAGAAAAUUUUGCGCACAUCGUUGAUGUAUAUCGAACCAAACGUUCGGAUAAAAUAGUCAAAGAGAUUCGAAACGUAAAUCUUAACGGUUCACGGGGUCCUAUUUCGCGAGAGCUUGUCCUUGUGAAUCCAAUGCUAUGCGAGAAGAAAAUUUCGUGCGUGCGUCAAUUGUUGAAGGAAGGCAUUACUCCUUUUCCUUACAAGGUGGCAAAAGCGUUGGAUCCUAACAUAUAUCGUAACAUCGAGUUUGAUUCGUGGAGUGACAUCCGCAGGGAACUAAAAUGUAGAAGCUGGUAUUUCAGUGGAAAUGGUUUGCAGGUUGGUGUGCGGUGCUUGGUAAAACUGAACAACCAUGAUGAACGGCUGUUACACGGAUAUAUACAAGAGAUGAAACCUAACAAUGGACCCUGUGUCGUCUAUCUAGAAGAACUGGCCGAAUGUCGGUCCGUUUCAUACGAACAAUUGCGACCGAUGGCUACAGAUCAUUCUAAGCCAUGGAGCUUUACAUACAAAUCGCGAAAAAAUUCGGAAGAUAAAGCUGUGAAGCGAAAAUUUCAGUCUAAAUUUAUGGAUGUUCCAAAAACAAAGCAGAUAGAUGAUGACUUAAAAGGCUAUAUGACUUGCUGCGGGACGGACAAGUCGUGUUGCUACAAUAUGAGCCAUUACAAUGGAAUGCAUGAUUUCCACAUCCCACCGAUUGAAAUGGUCGUCAUGCCAUUCACAAUAGAUGAUAACAGCAGCCAAAAAAGCCCCCAAAAUGCAAAAACUGAGCUCAACAAAAGCGAUAAAACUGACACUCAAACGGAAACGGAUAACACGGAUUGUUCCUCAUCUGGAUUCUACGACACAUUCUCAACAUCUAGCGUACCCGGACAGAAUCCGCUGUUCUGUUAUUCUUAUUCCGAUACUUUUCCGUACGAUGCAACGGCAACAACCUUCUAUUCGCAGCCAUAUCCUGGUCAGCCUUGUGCUUAUGCUACUACUGGUUCAUAUUCGUGUCCAUUCUAUGGAUCGCUAGGACCAGUGGCGGCUGUUGCAACACAUACAGCUUUACCCGCAGUAAGAUACAGCGAAGGAGUGCCAAAUUUUAAUGCCCCUCAAAGCACUGUUCCAAACGGAAGCGAUUUGCCACUGAACGAUAUGAUAACCUUGAGGUAUUUCUACAACCUUGGUAUUGAGUACUUCCGUCAAAAUCAAUUCCGCAUGCUUCCUCCACCGAUUCCUCUGUCCCUCGAAACGGCACAUGCUCUUCCUGGCAUUGGAGAGUAUGUGAGCAAUGAAGAACAAGAUGAUAAAUGUCUGGAAAAUGACUUCGAAAGAAAAUUGAACGUUUCUUCGAGUAGCAAUGAAAAUAGAGGGAAUAAUCAACUACCAAGACAACGAGGAACAAACAUGGGAAUGACCAAGAAUGAAAACCAUCCAUCAUCUCAGCGCAAAUGUACUUAUACAUCAAAAAGUCUCAACAAGAAGGUAUCUGAGCAUAGGACUUCGUGCGGUAUAGGCACUACCAUUUCUGAAUACACUAGCCCCUCUUGCGUAUCUCCUGUGUUGAGUAACAAACAGUCAACACAAUCAGCUGCUGUGGAUAAUAGUAACGGUCAUGAACCUGCGCAGUUGCAGACAUUUUCUUAUGGUCCGGCGCAUCCUGCUAUCAACCCGUAUCCAAUUGGAGUACAGCUUUAUGCAAACAUGGAUCCUAUGAUGACACCACAGGGAGCAUGCUACGUACCGACCUACGUAGUGCAUCCUUAUGGAACCGUGAUGACACCAUCACCAACAGGAGGAAUCGUUGCACCCCCUCCGCCAGAAAUGGUGAUGCAUGAACAUUUACCGAGCAGCCCUGUAGACGUUAUAUCGGAAGCUCAUGGUCUACAAUAUGGUACCCAUUUUCCACCUAUAAUAUAUGGCCCACCACAACAUCCACAGACGAACCGGGCAGCCGACGAUCCACACAACAAUAUAACGCCGCCACGGCGUCAAUCGCGGGUCUUUUAACUUGCCGUCGCAAGAACUCAUACUCCCGAUCUGAAAAGAAAUAAGAGAAAAGAGAAAAGCCAAAACGGGCGUCGUCCACUCUGGCUUCAUUAGUUCGGCCGCGUGACUGAGACCUUGUUGGGGUUCAGUCAGCGCUGCCGGGCGACAAACAAAAAUUAAAAGAAAAACAUUUCUCCGGCAUUGGAGCGAGAACGUUAUAUCACCAGGUCAACCAGCAACAAGCAGUAAGCAUUCUCUCUGCUUGCAUCGCUUGUUUCUUGGUUAACCGGCGUUGGUCUAUAAACAUGACCGUGAAAUCCACAUGUGAUGUAAUCCACUAAUUGCGUUGAGCACCAUGAGGAAAUAAAGGGUCUUUCUUAGAUCAAUGGUGA